UGUACUGUAAUUUUAACUCUGCACCAAACCCACCGAGCAAAAUUGGCCUCGCGUCAGACCGGCCUGUACUACUUUGUCCGCGCCAAAUUAUCCAAUUUCUUAUUUUUUUGUUUUAAAAACCCAAGCUAUUCAGUUGCAAAUUUAUUAGUAAUGUUGCGCACAUCUUCUUUUUUAGCUGUUUAUCAUUGACAAAAAUUGAAAUCAAUAUAAAGAAAUUAUUUAAUAAUUAGGUUUUUUCCCAUUUCACAUUUAUUUACAUAUCUCAAUUUUCUUUUCGUUUUUAGAAAUUUCUUUUAUAUUCUAUAAUGAGUUUAACUGUUGACAAAAAAUAUUUUAUUGAUCGGGCUACAAGGAUUUAUUCUGCUUGGGAGAAAGAUGACGACCUCAAAUCUUUGGAUAGUCUUGUUUUUUGUGUUGGAACAAAUCAAGAUGAAUUGCCCUAUUCAAAAUCUCAAUCGAUUCAGACCUGGCUUUUCAAUUGUGCACUUCCAGAUACUCUUCUGAUAUUGACCAAAAAUGGGAUUUAUUUUCUUGGAAGUGACAAAAAGGCCCAGUUCUCUCCACUGGAAUCUAAAGAGAAUUUAAAUCCUUUUGUUCCACCUUUCUCUACAUUAGUUAGAAAUAAGACGGACAAGGAUAAGGACAAUUUUGAGAAGUUACUCGGAAAAUUGCUUGAUGCUGGCCGUCAUAUUGGUUGUUUUACAAAAGACAAACCUGAUUCUGCAUUUGCUAAGGCUUGGGAUGCUGGCUUGAAAGCGAAAAAUUUAGCAGUUGAAGACAUUUCUCUUCCAUUCGCAAAAAUCUUCGCUGUUAAAGAUGACAAAGAAAUUGAAUUACUUAAGCAUUCUGCCCAUGCAACAGUUAAUGCCUGGAAUUAUCUGAGGCGUAAAAUUGUUGACAUUGUUGAUACAGAAAAGCGCAUCAAGCAAAGCCGUUUGGCUGAAGAUUUGGAGAAGUCAAUGGUUAAUGUUCAGGUACAGGGAGAAUUGGCAAAAAAGAAUAUUUUGGAAGUCUGCUAUUGUCCAAUAAUUCAAUCUGGAGAGAAUUGUGCUUUGAAAUUCAGCGCUCAGAGUCCGGAUAAGCUUCUUCACUUUGGUUCAAUUGCAAGUACACUUGGUGCUCGAUAUAGCUCUUAUUGUACUAACGUUGCCCGUACUUUAAUGGUUAUGCCAACAGAAUUAAUGGAACAAUUAUAUGAACUUCUUUUAACAACAGAAGCAGCUAUAAUUGAGGCAUUAAAACCUGGUCGACCCAUCUCUGAGGCUUAUGAAGCUGGAAUUAAUCAUUUUAAAGAACAAAAACCUGAUUAUCUUCAAUAUCUUGUUAAGAAUUUUGGUUUUGUAACUGGAAUUGAAUUUCGUGAAAGUGGAUUGCUUAUCAAUGAACGAUGUAAUCAUCUAGUUGAAAAGAAUAUGACAUUUAUAGUUGCUGUUGGACUUCAGAACUUCCCGAAUAAGGAAGCAAAAGAUGAUGACAAAAAGACUUGUUCAAUUUUCAUUAGCGAUACAAUUCUUGUCUGCGAGGAUGGCCCAAAUGAUAUUUUGACUAUUGCAGCAAAAAAUCGUUUGCGUUCAAAUUCAAUUAGAUUUCGUGAAGAAAAUGCAAAAUCUUCAAAGGAAGUGGAAGAAACAUUGUCUACUCGAACUAAACGUUCUGUUGUGUUACAAGAUCAAACUAGACAUAAACAAACGAAUGAAGAGAAACGUAAAGAACGUCAAAAAGAAUUGGCUGAACAAAUGAAUAAGGAAGCUAAGGAACGUUUAUUGUCUAACAAGUCUGGUACUGCUGAAGCUAAAAAAGCAAAAAAAUCAAAUACAUCUUACAAAUCAGAAGAAAAGUUUCCUGAUGAGCAUGAAGUUGAGAAACUUAUGAUUUAUGUUGAUAAAAAGCACGACACGAUAAUUGUACCAAUCUUUGGUAUUCCUGUCCCUUUUCACAUAUCAAUGGUCAAGAAUGCCAGUUUGGCAAAUGAGGGUGACUUCUCAUAUUUGCGUAUCAACUUUACACAUCCUGGUUCUCAGAUCGGAAAAGAAAAUCCUCAUUUUGCUCUUGCAAAAUACUUGAAAGAAUUAUCAUUCAAGAGUAGCAAUGUCCGUGAACCGGGUGAGGUUAAUGCGCCCAGCCUCAAUCUUCAAAACGCUGCACGAAUGAUAAAAGAAUUGCAGAAACGUUUUCGAACGUUGGAGGCUGAAGAGCGCGAAAAAGAAGGGGCUGUAAAACAAGACAAAUUAAUUAUAUCGCAAAAUGGGAAAGGAAAUCCAAAAUUGAAAGAUCUUUAUGUUCGUCCAAAUAUCAUCGCAAAACGAAUCAGUGGGUCAUUGGAGGCACAUGUUAAUGGCUUUCGCUAUACUUCAUUACGUGGAGAUAAAAUUGAUGUUCUAUAUAACAAUAUUAAACAUGCCUUCUUUCAACCUUGCGAUAAUGAAAUGAUAAUUCUUUUGCAUUUUCAUUUGAAGAAUCCUGUUCUUUGGGGGAAAAAGAAAUAUCUGGAUGUGCAGUUCUACACCGAAGUUGGAGAGAUAACCACAGACUUGGGUAAAUACCACCAUAUGCAAGAUCGUGAUGAUAUGCAGAGUGAACAGAUGGAACGUGAAAUGCGUAAAAAACUCAAUCUUGCUUUUCAAAGUUUUUGCGACAAAGUCUUCCGUAUGACAAAUGAACAUGUUGAUUUUGAUACUCCAUUUAGUGAACUUGCUUUUAUUGGGGCGCCACAUCGAUCUUCUGUUAAGUUGCAACCAACUUCCUCCUGUUUGGUACAUCUUACUGAAUGGCCACCGUUUGUUGUCACCCUUGACGAAGUUGAAUUAGUACAUUUUGAACGCGUGACUGGCAAUACAAGUACAUUUGAUGCUGUAAUUGUUUUCAAAGACUAUUCGAGAAAACCACAUAGUAUUGGACAAAUACCUUCAUCUUCUCUUGAUGGUAUUAAGGACUGGCUUAACUCUUGUGACAUUCGCUACAGUGAAGGUCCUAUGUCAUUGAAUUGGGCAAAUAUUAUGCGCACAGUUAAUGAUGAUCCUGAGGCAUUUUUUGAGGAUGGUGGUUGGAAUUUCUUAUCCGCAGAAUCGGAUGAAGGAGAAGAAAAUGAUGUUGAAUCUGAUGAAUCUUCUUUCCAUGCAUCUGAAGACGAAACUUCUGCUAGUAGUGAUGAGGACGAGGAGGAAGAGGAAGGUGUUUCAGAAGAAGAAUCGGAAAGCGAAGCUUCACUUGAUAGUGAGGAGGAGGAAGGAAAGGAUUGGAGUGAUCUCGAAGAGGAGGCUGCUAAAGCCGAUCGAGUAAAAGCACGCGAAGAGGAUGAGCAUGACAAGCGUCAUCAUCAAACUAAGAGAAAGGGAGUAAAGUCUGGCCCUCCACCCAAGCGUCGUCGCUGA